GGCUUACACCCAGCAGUGGUAUAAAAGGCUGUGCCUGUAGAGCAGAUCAGACUCAUUUUACAGACUAAGAGCAAGCAGCUGCUCCCUGACACAGAGCAGUAUCAGGACUACAUCAUAACUCACAAAACACAAGCUUAUAUCUACUACAGCAUGAAGCAGAGAAGGCUGCUAUUAUCUGUGGCUCCUUUGCCAACAAUAACAGAGACUCAUGAGGAUGCUUCACAGACGGGAUGCUCCACGCAGUCUAUGGAGGAAUAUGUGGACUCUAUUAAAAAGCUGGCUCAGCCUGCAUACGGCCCUGUGCGGGUUGUGAGGACUCUGAGGCCUCGUCUCUUUUCCAAGCCUCUGGAAAAACACUUGGGAAGUAUCAGCCCACUUCACUGUUCCUACAGGACCCCACGCUCGCGUGUAAACACACUGGGACUAGAUGAGCUUGCACACAGUAUCAGCAGCCACAGAGACCCAGUGGACUGGCUCUUUGCACAGACACAGUUACCUGCACCUCGAGACGAGCUGCGCAAGACUGACAGUGCACCAGCUGCCCUGAGGUUACUGUAAUAAUCUACACACAACAGAACUGUGAUGCACUGGACUGAGAUACGAUACACUAAAGGAUGUGGGCCGCAGUCUUAAUUAUGUCAUAAUUUAUUUGUGUGUUUGUAUUUAAGUUUACACUGGAUGUUUUUAAUAAAGUUGAAUAUUUUGGUUA